GCAAGGAGAGAGGGAGAGAGUUGGUAGUGGUGUAGUAGUAGAAUGCUAGAAUUGAAGAGAGACCCGCACGGAAAGCCAUCAUCCAUCGCCAGCAGAAAUGCGUGAUAUCAACGCAGAACCGACAGAAAGAUGGAGAGGGAGACAUAAAGAUGGAUAACUAAUUUGAGACGCGCGUUGAGCAGAGGAGGGCCGUUAUCACCGCCUUUUACCACGUUCUUUGUAGCUAAAGAAGAGCGUCGAAGCGAAUAUCGAAACGGGUGACGGCGGGAGGGGUCCGUCAUGGGGAACGAAGCUAGUCUCGAAGGCGGUGAAGGGUCGCUUGUUGGAUUACCGGAGGGACUUGCUCCUGACGGAAAUGGAGGUUUCAUAUGGAUCUCCACGGGGGCACAGGUGGACCUAAGCCAACUGAGCGAGGAUGACAGGAAGCAAGUUGCGGCGGCGAUGUCAAGGGCGCAAACCAACAAGCCUGGGGGUGUACCCGCUCGAAGGCCCUCGGAAGCAGGUGGUCAGCAACGCCCCCAGCAGCCAGGAGCAGAUGGUCGGCAACGCCCCCAGCAGCCAGGAGUCGUGCCCUCCGGUCGGCUUAGCAAGAGCCGAACUGUAGACGCAUUUGGUGAGGGCCCCACUAGCAGGCCGGUCCCCGGCCGCAGCCCCUCCUCCCUCAGCCUCUUUGAGUCCAGAUUCAGGCAGGAGCCAAAGGACCCAGAGAAGAAAACAGGCAUGUUUGGCUCCAGCUUCCUGAGCGGGGCCAACCCGCUUAGUGCUGUUUCUUCAAUGACGUCCCAAGUGUCCUCUGGGGUGUCCUCCAUGUCCUCAGAGGUUUCCUCCUUAGGCUCAGGGGUCAACAUGCCCUCCUUUGGCCUGUUUGAAAAGGAGGAGAAACCCGGAGAAAAGACCCAAAGUGGCAAGGGCCCCCAGCAUGUGGGGCCAAGACCCCCUGGCCCAGGACAAGGGCCCAGAAACCCUGGACCACAAGGGCCCAGACCCUCUGGUCAAGGGCCCCCUGGACAACAAGGGCCCAGACCCCCUGGUCAAGGGCCCCCUGGACAACAAGGGCCCAGACCCCCAGGACAACAAGGGCCCAGACCCUCUGGUCAAGGGCCCCCUGGACAGCAAGGGCCCAGACCCUCUGGACAAGGUCCCCCUGGACAACAAGGGCCCAGACCCCCUGGACAAGGUCCCCCUGGACAACAAGGGCCCAGACCCUCUAGUCAAGGACCCAGACCCCCCAGUCAAGGUUCCCCCGGACAACAAGGGCCCCCACGGCAGCAAGGGCCCAGACCCUCUGGGAGUCCCCAUAGUCCACAGGGCCCUGGUAAACCCCCUGGUGGUGGGCUGUGUCCGCUGUGCAAGAGCACCCAGCUCAACGUGGGCUCCAAGGAGCCGCCUAACUACAACAACUGUACCCUUUGUAAGAACCAGGUGUGCAGCCUCUGUGGAUUCAGCCCCCCGGACUCAGCGGGAAAGGAGUGGUUAUGUCUUAACUGCCAGAUGCAGAGGGCUAUGGGGGGCAUGGAUGACCCCCCUAUGAUGGGCAGGAGUUCUGUCCCUCCUUCACCCACCAGGAAGGACCCUGGUAAAGAUGGCAAGAAGCCCAGCUUACUGAUUAAGCAGCAGAGCAUCUCGGACAAAGGCUUAACUCCUCCAACAACACCAAAACAGAAAUCCCCCGGACCAUCUUCCCCGAAAGGCAGCCCGCAACCCUCCCCGGCCAAAGGGAAACAGGAGUCCGGCUUCUUUGGGGGCCUUGGGGGCAUCAGUCUGGGGGGCCUGACUGACGUGGCCAAGACUCCAGCUGCCGCCUCCCAGGCGGCGGAGUCCAUCACAGGGACGAUGUUCAGUGGCUUUGGGGGGUUCACCGGGUCGGCCAAACCUGAUCAGGCGAAGCCCACCGCUGCUCCUCAGAAAACAGCCGAAUCGGUGGCGGGGAAGAUGUUCGGCGGGUUCGGUGGUUUUACAGAGACGGCCAAGCCACCAGCAGCAGCCUCCCAGAUGUUCGGUUUCGGUUCGUCCAUCUUGAGCUCGGCCACCAACCUGAUGACCGCUGACUCUGUGGACGAGAAAACUGGAUCUCCUGUCGAUUCCCCUGCCGGUUCUCCCCCUGACUCCCCCUUCUCUGCUCCUGGUUCCCCCCCUGGUUCUCCCCCGGACUCCCCAUUCUCCGCUCCCGGUUCUCCCCCGGACUCGGACUGCCCUGACACCCCGCCUGCCUCCUCUAAGAAGGCACCCAAACGGGCCGCCUCCCUGCCGAAGCCCCAGAAGUCCAUGUCCAUAGAAUCCGAGCCCAUUGCGGAGCCUCCAAAAGCAACAGAACCAGCUCCAGCCACAGGCAUGGGAGGCCGGGAAAGCUGCCCUCUGUGUUCGGUGGCGCUGAAUGUUGGAUCAGCCGACUCGCCCAAUUACAGCACCUGCACAGAGUGCAAGAAGAUUGUCUGCAAUCUAUGUGGCUUCAACCCCACGCCUCAGUUUGGAGAGAAAGAAUGGCUAUGUCUCAACUGCCAGACCCAAAGAGCUCUCUCUGGCCAACUGGGUGAAAUCCCCACUCCACCAUCUCCAGUCAAGAAGCAACUACCAACACCCGUCCCUACUCCUCCUACCUCCCCUGCUAAAGUCCCUGUCCCUCCAGCUGCUACUGCCGCUGCCUCACCUUUAACGAUAUCAUCCUCAGUAACUCAGGGAGAGGCGGCGGCAUCAGCAGCAAAGGAAGACACCCAGAUGGUUCCUGAGUCCAAGGUAGUACUAGAACCCAGCCCGCCCCAAACACCCGUCGCUUUGUCUGCAAACACAGACACCACACCCAUCCCAUCAGUGCAUGCCGCCCCUUCCUCUGAUAGUGGCCCAGAACAGACAGAACCAGCCGAGGGGAUAGAACCAGAGUCUAACCUGGACAGGUGUUUGCCAGAGAGUGUAGUGGAGAGUGCUGUUGAGAUCCCGGCAGUGGAUCAUCAACAAGAGAAAGUUACAGAAGAGCAGUCAACACCUGACACUACUCAGGCAAAAUCUGAUUCCCAGCCUGCUGUAGAGCGGCCUGUCACUGCUCUCUCUCUGGAGAAUGAGACAGAAGAGUCUUUUCAGCUGACUCCAAGGCCAGAUACUGUGGAGUGUCAGGCUGCAGCAGCUGAAAGAAUACACACUUCCUCCGCUGGUGCUGAGACAGAGGAGCCUAUCAUUGAGUGUAGCCCAGAUAAAUGUACAGAAGGACUGUCACCACCUGACUGUACUCAGGCAAAAUUUAAUUCCCAGCCUGCAGAUGAAGAGGAGCCUGUCACUGCUCCGCCUGUAGAGACUGAGUCAGAAAUGUAUAUUGAGGCGACACCAGUGCCAGUUACAGUGCAGAGUGAGGCUACGACAGUGGAGAGUUCACCAGCUCCCACUGCAAGUAGGGAGCCCAUCCCAAGCGCUGUUACUGAAGAGGUAGCAAAGCCAUUGGAUCCAGAAGUAGUUCAGUCCCCUGUCACACAGGAAGCUGCUGUCCAACCAGACCAAUCACCACAGCCUGAACGAUCAGUUCCUGUAGUGAUUGAGGAGGAAGGGAAAGCCAAAGUUACUGAGGUAGAACCUAGUCAGGCACCUAAAGCUGAGGAUACGGCUCCUACAUCUCCUGCAAAUGAGGAACUGGAGACAGAACUUCAAGCAACUACUCUUGGUCACGAUUUAAUGGAGGAGGCUUCAGUAGAUACAGGUCUAGUAGCGGAGAAUAUAGCUGUCAAGACAGUUGUGGAGAAUAAGAUCGAACUAGAGCCAAUGUCAGAAGUGGCUCCUGUUCCUCCAGCUGAUCUGGUUGAUAAUUCUGCAUCAUCUCCAGCAGCCCCUAUUGAGACUAUUGACAGUCCUGCUUCCCCCAAACCAGCAGAGCCAAAAUAUUUUCCUCUGCAAAAACAUGAGAUGCCCCUUGGCUCUGUAGUAGGGGAAAUUGCCCCUGUAGAUGCUGAGAAUGAAAGGCCUAAAGUAGUGCAAAUCCAACAGGUUGAGGUAGUUGCAUCUGCAGCAGAAUCUCCUCCCCUAGUUAAUGACACAGUCAAGAAAGAUAGGGUAGAGAUGACAGCCCAAGCUGAGGUGAAGCCUUUAGAAACUGAGAUACCAGCAAAUAAGUCUGUUAAGGAAGAACCAGCAUGUUCUGUUGCUGAAUUGGAAACAACUGGAUCUGAGUCAAAUGUUGGAAGGACAGAGUCUGAAACAGUGGCUGAAUCCGACCUAGCAGUCAAUGCCAAAAAGACAGUUUUGCCCUAUCCUACUGAAUUACAGUCAGCUGAAGCUGAUCGGAUCACCCCUCAGGAGGCUGUAGAAACUCCUGCAGUAGAACAGAACCCAUAUGAUACUGAAACUGAGGCAGCAGCAGACAGUGAAUCCAAUAAAGUGAUAUAUCUGGCAUCUGUGGAUAUAAAAGAUGAAUCAGAGCCUGCAGUAUAUAAUGAGGUUGAAAAAGCUCAGGUUGAGUCUACUCCCCGAGAUCCAGAAGCUUACAAACAAGAAAAGGUCACAAAAGACCAGGCAGAACUUGCUGUAGAGGCACUAUCACCAUCCUCUGCUGCUUUCUCUGUGGAGAAACCCACACCAGGAGAAAAAGAUUCUGAAGUUCCAAUGCCUCACAGCCUAGCUGAAAAUAAACAAGAGGUGUCUGUAGCUGUGAAUAGGAAGCCAACUCCCACUCUGAGUGAUGAAAAAGCAGUGCAAGAGGAAUUACCCAAACAAGAUGAAUUAGAGCAAACUCCGAAGACUGACUCUUUGUCUGAAAGCAUUCAGACAGCGAUAGACAAAGUGGUUCUUUCACCACCUGUAGUUAGUGAAGAGCAGGAAUCUAUUUCAGUAUCAGAGGGGACAGUUAUGACUGACAUAGAGGGCAGUACAGAAGACAAAACAAGACCAGAGCAGAUUACAGUAUCCGAAAUAGUAUCUGAAAAUGUGUUCAAAGCCCCAUCUCCUGUUGUAGAACUUGAUACCUUAGUUAAAAAGGUCAGCAUAGAAGACAAAACAACCCCAGAUACAAUUACAAUAUCUGAAAUAGUUUCUGAAAAUGUGUUUGAAGCUCCAUACCCUGUCGUAGAACCUGAUACCCUAGUCCAUGUAGAUAGGGAACAGAACAAUGAGAAAUCCCUGAAUGAAGAAAAGUCAAUGCCUGGAACUACAGAGAUAAAAGAGGCUGAGGUGGAUCCAGUUGAAGAGACAACACUGAAAGAGCCUGCAGAGAAAGAUAGAACCACCAAGGAUAGCAGUCCAACCAGCCCCUCAGACCUGGCUAAGCUGGAGAGCACUGUUCUUCCCAUACUAGAAGCCCAGGCUGUACAACCAAAGGACGAUUCAAACAAACUGACCGAUACACUCAAGGCCAGACGCAAACUUGAGGUACUACCCCUUUCACCUGAAUCUCCCAGCACAGAGGAUGACCAAGAACUCGUAGAGAAGACGGACGCCUCAGCUCCCACAAAAAAGAAGCUGCUGGUGCCGACAGACAUCAUGGGUGACUCAUUGGAGGACAGUAGUGAGAGCUUCGGGAAGGAUAGCCCAAUGUCAGGAGAUGAUGAAGACUUCAUUCGUAAGCAGAUCAUGGAGAUGAGUGAGAAUGAGGAUGCUUCACCGUCUGACGAAGAAAACCUAAUCCGGCGAAAGAUCCGAGAUCAGGAGAGGAAACAGAUGGAGCAAGGGAAAGGGGGAGGGAAGGAAAAAAGUUCAACAGCAAAAGGCAGGCGGCUCCUCAAGAAGUGCACCAUAAGCCCUGAGGAUGAAGAUGACAAGAAACUCUCAUUGGAUGAUAUUAAUGUCACAAGGGAAGAGGAAUCCAAACCCAACAUUUCAGAUUCUCAGGAAGUUGAACAGCCUUUGGUAGAUAGUGGCAUGGCAGUCCGCAAAUUCAGAACCAUUGAGCUUAACACAACUAGUGCACCAGUGCGCAUUCCUGGAAUUUCAGAUGAUGGAGAACUUGAGAUGGAGAGCCUCACUGACUCUCCUGAUGAUCGCUCCAAGGGUGAUGGGUCUUCCAGCUUGCAUGCAUCCAGCUUCACCCCCGGGACAUCGCCUACAUCCUUGUCUUCUCUUGAUGAGGAUAGUGACAGCAGUAGUCCCAGCCGGAUUCAUAGUGGUGAGGGGAAACAGCACAGGAAAGCCAAGCACCGGCAGCCAGGCCAAGUUCUGCCCACAAUUGAAGAUUCUUCUGAGGAAGAAGAGUUACGAGAGGAGGAGGAGCUGCUUAAAGAACAGGAGAAGCAGAAAGGAUCCGGGAAGAAAUCUAAGAAGGACAAAGAGGAGAUCCGAGCUCAGAGGAGGCGGGAGCGUCCUAAAACGCCUCCGAGCAAUCUCUCUCCCAUUGAAGAUGCCUCCCCAACAGAAGAGCUAAGGCAAGAGGCAGAGAUGGAAGAGUUCAGACGGUCAUCUUUAUCAGAUUUCUCUCCCAGCAUUGAGUCAGAACCUGAGGGAGUUGAGAUCAAUGCUGCAAAGAUUGCAGCAGUACAAAAAGUAUACCAACUUCCCACAUCUGUUUCUCUGUACUCUCCAACAGCUGACCAAGAUGGUAAUAAAAGCCCUGAAAAACGAGCCCUAAAAACUGCAGAUGAGGCAUAUGAAGAGAUCAUGCUAAAAGUUAAAACACCUACAAAUGAUAAUGUUGAGAUCCCUCCAGGAAAAGAGUCCCUCUAUGGUGGGAUGCUGAUCGAAGACUAUGUCUAUGAGUCCCUCAUUGAAGGAAAUGGAAAGAAAGUCCAGCAACAGGAGCCUGAGAAAAUCUCAGUUCCAGCUCAACCAAAAAUACUAAGAUCUCCUGAUGAAGUUUAUGAAGACAUGAUGGAGAAGAAGAAACAAUUAAUGCAACUGGAGGAGGAACUAAAAAAAGCCCAACCGGUGUUAGAAAGACCCACACCUGAGAUCGUACUGCAACCCGCUGAGCCUACCAGCUCCGUGACAAGUACAGUUACAAUAGGCAAAGAUGGGAAAACACUGCUUGAUGCUGAGGCUGCUUAUGAAGAACUCAUGAAGAAAAUUCUGACUCCUGGGACCAGCCCGACACAGCAAGAUCCUCAUAUAUCCGGGGCAGCCUCUGGUGGUGAGUUGGAAGGUACCAGAAGCAGAAGGGCUCUGCAUCCCAUACCAGACCUGAGGGUAACACAGUGCUCCUCAGGGGAGGAGGACGCUGACGAAGAGGCAGUUGUGACAGUCAGUCAAGAUGAGCCAAAAACAUCAGACGUUCUUAAAGCUGAUCAGGCAUCCUCAACAGCUGCUGCUGAAACAGAGCCUGAAUAUGUUGUUUGCGAAUUCCCCCAAUCAACUUUAGACCAACCGCAGAGCACUGUUGAGACUUCCCUGGCUGACCAUCCUGUGGUCAUAAGUCAAUCAGAUGUCAUGGACCUGUCCAGCAUGACAUCCUCUGCCUCUGUUGGUGCCAGUGUAUCGCCCUUACCUACUGUCCCUCAGUAUACCUCCACUGUCCCCAGCGUAGUGUCAACCGCCCCGCCAGUGCCUCCCAAACCGACUGUCUUGCGCAGGGCACUGUCUCAGGAAAAAGCAGAUGUUCCAGAACCCCCUCCAUUGCCCCCGCCUACCAUGCCCAAGCCGUCAGUUUACCCCAGGAAACCACCUGUUCCUCUACCUCCACAGGCUACUAUCAGGUCAGAACCUGUUGCCAUGUUGACAUCACAGGGCUCACCGAUAAGACAGCCUCACGUCCCCCCACCAGUUCCUCCAAAGCCAGCCAUCCCUGCUGGAAUGGGCUACAUCCACAGACCAGGGGAGAAUGUCAAACCACCCCUUGCUCCGAAACCUGCCUCUCAGCCUGGCUCUCCUGCCCACGUCCCUUAUACGAGGCCCACCGCCCUCCACACAGGCCAUGCAGAUAUAGCCCUGAAUUUGAGCCCCUCUUCUGAAAGCAGGCCAGGUCACUUCUCAGGUCAUUCCUCGGGUCACCCAUCCCCCACCUCUCCACGAUAUGGCAAUCGACACAACACAUAUGUAGUUAUCACUUUACCAUCUCAGCCCAGCUCACCAGUAGAAGGGCUCACCACCCAGGCCCCAUCCAGUCCUGGUCCAGCAUCUCCUUCAAGACAUUCACAACAACCUUCUAAUCAACCUCAAAUACAAUACAAACCUCAAUCGCAACCUCAACCCCAACAACAACCACAGCCACCUCCAUCGCACACAAAUCGGGUUCCCUUGGCAUUCACUCGCAUCACAGAGUCCAUGGAAAGUCAGGAGAUAUGUGGGCCAGAGAGUGUUGUUUCAAGUUCAUGUCAUGUAAUCGAGGCAAUUUCCUCAUCCGCUCCACCUCCUGAGGUCAGAUUAGGUCAGAUCACUCAAUUUGUGACGACAGAAGUCCAAAGAACCAUGGUGUCUGUCCGACAUGAGAGGACGCCACCCCCACUCCCAGCCCCAAGAGCAAACGGUGUCCCGAUUUCACUGGAGAAAACUAAACCUCAACCAACACAGAGUACCCUGGGCUAUCAGCCGGAGGAGGUAGUAGACCUUCGUACCAUGAAGGUUGAUUCAGAAUAUGACAUGAAAGGGGUGGAUCUGUCUUCAUCAGAUGUUAGGCGCCAGUCUUCAGUCACAGACAUUGGUUGUCGUCAGACAAGCGCAGUACAGUCCCCGGUGGUUGAUCUUCGCACUGAGUCGUCUACUGUUUCCAUAGUGACGGACAGUAUCACCAUAGUUACAUGUGCUGCCACCAUACAAAGGUAUGAAAAUACAGACACAUCCCAAGUCUCCUCUGUGCCCCUUCAGCUUACUACAAACAAAGCCUUCGAGCCCGUUUGUCAGAUUGUCUAUCGUCCCAUAGAUACGCAGCCCAUCACCAGCAACAAUGCUGAGAUUCCCAUUAACCUUUCUGUUGGAAUUGGCACAGGCAUAGGUACAUUCCAGCCACCUGUUACUAUUGCCCCUACCCCAGCCCAAGGUUGUGUUGCUAAUGGUCUAAGCAGUGGGGGGAUGACUGUAGCAGGUGCAGUGGAUCUUAGCACAUCCAAACCAUUCAACACUGUGGUUUCAGUCAACACUUCUUCAGCAGAAGUGAUCACAGCUGUGAUCACAGAAGAGGAUGGGAAACCUGUGGACUUGACGGCGGGAAGAAGGACUGUCUGCUGCGAUGUUGUCUACCAGCUUCCUUUUGCCGGUAGUUGUACCACCCAGCAGCCAACCACUCCAUUGCCCGAAGACCGCUUUGGCUACCGAGAUGACCACUACCAAUACGACCGCUCACCCUACGGAAUGAGAGGGUUUGGAGGGAUUAAACCGUCUAUGUCAGACACUAAUCUGGCCGAGGCCGGACUUUUCCUCUACAAAAGCAAGAACUGUUACAAUUUCAAUGGCAGCACAGAGGGUGCCGUAGACCUGACAUCCGCCAAGACAUCUGAUGCAGGUGUAGCUUUGGACUUCUCCACUAAAGGCUCCGGGGCAUAUUCAGAAUUGAUUAUCCCCCCCUAUUCCCAAACCAGAGUCACGGGGGCUGUAGGAACACACUUCGGAACAACCAGUGUCUUGAGAUCCUCCAAUGGGGUAGUGUACUCUUCAGUCUCAGCACCGAUCCCAUCCACCUAUGCCAUCACCACACAACCAGGCUCCAUAUUCAGCACGACCUACAACUCUCUGGCGGGCGGCAUGCACACGAGCGACACCAUGCCAUCCCUGUCCGCACUUCAGGAUCACCCUAUGACCCGGUCCCACAGUUUCAUUUCCACCUCCUCCGCAGAUGAUCAGGGGGACGUCCCCCUAAAUCUUGAGCUUUCCAAAGAUGGUGGAUCGACCUCCGCGGCCGUCACCCUGGCCCUGGAAAGGCUGGACUCAUACACUGAUGCGUCCCUUGAGGCCAUUGCCGCUUCGCUGGAGGCCCUGUCCUCGCCAUGUGUACCAGGAGAUGGCCAGUAUCAAAUGCAGCGUGAGAUCCUGGAGAUGGAGAAGCUCAAACAGCAACGGUUGGCCGAAGAACUCGAGUGGGAGCGGCAGGAGAUCCAGCGAUUCCGCGAGCAGGAGCAGAUGCUGGUACAGAAGGAACUGGAGGAGCUGCAGUCCAUGAAGCAGGCAAUCCUUUGCCAACAGGAAGAGGAGCGCCAGGCCCACCUCAUGAUGCAGAAGGAGACCUAUGCCCAGCAACAGCAGCAGCUGGAGCAAAUCCAGAGGCUUCAGGAGCAGCUUCGUGCACAGCUUGAGGAGCAGAAGUUCCGGAAGAUGUAUCCAGGGGAUGUGUUGCUUGGGCAUGGGCAGCAGGAGGCAGUCAUUCUGGGGCCGGACGGCACCGAGUUGGCCCGUAAAAUCAUGGAAAGUGGAUGUCAGACUGACGACGAGGACAAUGUUGUGGAUAAGGCCUACGCAGCGGGGAGGAAGAAGCGAAGCUCUACUAAGAAGAGCGUGGACAGUUGUGUGCAGACGGAUGAUGAGGACCAGGAAGAGUGGGAGCCUACUCGGGCCAGACGUAGCAGGCCUCGCACAUCCAGGGGGGACAGAGGCGGACCGACCUCGGAUAUGUCCAUUCAGGCUCACUCUGAGAUCUCCAUACAGACAGACUCUGCAGGGAACAUACGAAUGGAUGCCAGGAUGGAGUUAUCUGAUUCUGAAAGCCCACAUAGGGGAGACAAGAGGCGACCCACUCCCUUAGAGAUAGAAAAGUCUGACCACCUCAGAGCUGAACCCUCCUCCCUUCAGGCCCCACCCAAAUCCCCCAAAGUGCUCUACUCCCCGAUAUCCCCCUGUAUAUCCCCAAGCAAAUCCCUUGAGUUUGUGUCCUAUGAGAAAUCAUUAGGUGACACAAGCCCGCAGAGAAUAAGAGGGAGCACUGAACCGACCAAAGCCUCUCCUGCCGGCAGCCCAAGAGCACAUAAGACCAUGCCAAGAUCUUUGUCUGACCCCAAGCCAAUGAGUCCAACUGCAGAGGAGAAGGCAUCCUCUAGCUUCCAGUAUGGUGACGGUUACUCUGCUAAAGGGUCACCAGGCGGCACCCAAACUGGCACUGGGAAGAAGGUGAAGAGGACCUUACCCAAUCCCCCAGCGGAGGAGGAGUCCACAACCACUGGCCAGACAGCCUACACCACCGGCUCGGCUCGACGGCGAAUGUGCCGUAACACCAACAUGGCGCGGGCCAAGAUCCUUCAGGACAUCGACCGCGAACUGGACAUGGUGGAGCGCGAGUCGUCCAAGCUCCGUCACAAGCAGGCGGAGCUAGAUGAGGAGGAGAAAGAGAUUGAUGCUAAGCUACGCUACCUGGAAAUGGGCAUCAAUCGCCGGAAAGACGCUCUCCUCAAGGAACGGGAGAAGAGAGAGAGGGCGUAUCUGCAAAGCGUGGCUGAGGACCGCGACUACAUGUCAGACAGCGAGGUCAGCAACAUCCGGGAGACCCGCAGUGGGCGCUGCAGCGGAGGAGAUGAAGAGAUGGGCGGUCAUGGUUUGGACCGUCCCAGGACAGCACCUCAGUCAGAACUGGAUGACUUUGUGCCUCCACAAACCACGCAUGAGGCCCAGUACGGCAAGUACUCCCAGUACCAGUACCCCCAAAGCCAGACGCUAUACCAACAGCAGUCCCUCUACCAGUCUCCCCAGUCAUAUCAGGCCCAGUCCAUCUACUCCUCUGUUCCCUCCCUGUCUAGCACCCAACAGCAGAGCUACCACCAGAUGCUCCUGCUCCAGCAGAAGGCUGCCAGGCAGGCGGUCCUGCUUCAAGAGUUGGACGCAUCGUCCAAGUACGAAGUCAUCAGCCGGCAGCCUGACCCAGUGUCCUCCGCCUACAUCGGAGGGGUUCGGUACGACAAGUACGGAAACCACUUGGACCUCCGUGCCCUCGAGGUGGGGGACAGUAUUCCUGGCAGUCCAAUGUCCAACGCGUCAGCCGACUCCUUCUACGGAGAUGUGGAUCACCACCACACGCCACGAAGCUAUGUACUCCUGGAAGAUGCCGCCGAGCUGGCCAAAAGCUCCACAAGUCUGGCUUCGUCUAGCUACGCCCAGGCCGAGAAGGAGCUGGCGAAAGCAGAAAGGCUGUUGCGGAGAAGUGCGGCCGACCUGACCUCCACUGACUACCUGGGCUCUAGUUCCAGGCUGCACUCUGGGUACGGGAAGACCCCAGAUGAUGAGGACUCCAUGGACGACCCCUAUGAGCUCAAGCUUCUCAAACAGCAGCUGAAGCAGGAAUUCCGGAGGAGCACAGGGGGUACAGAGAGCCUGGAUCCGCUGACAGGUCUCUCCCACAACUACUAUGGCACUCCCAGCAGUGGCGUUUCCACUUCCCAGAGCUACUCCCAAAGACACUACCCCAAGACAGACAAGUACAGCAUUAGCCGGCUGACCCUGGAGAAGCAGGCAGCCAAGCAGCUCCCGGCAUCCAUGCUCUACCAGAAGCACAAAGCCCCACUGAUUGACCCUAAGGUCUCUAAGUACUCCUCCAUGCAAGAUGGUCGAGGUCUGGAGGCGGACUAUACCAGCUAUCUAGGAUCUAGUAGUGUUAGCGCUUCUCCCAGAUGCAGCAGGCUCCUCCAGGAUGAGAUCACCUUUGGACUGCGCAAGAACAUCGCUGAGCAGCAGAAGUACCUGGGCUCCACAUUGGGCGCCAACUUGGCUGGUUCCCUCAACUUCGGGCAGAGCCUGGCAUUGGACUCGGCCGCAUACCCUAGUGGGAGCCGAUCACGGCCCUCUUCCCGGCCCACCUCCGUCUACGGCCUGGAUCUCUCAAUCAAACGUGACCCCUCUAACUCCUCACUGAGACUCAAGGGGGAUGGUGAGGCACCCUCAGACAGCUACCAGACGCCCACCGGGCGUGCCAAGCCCACCAGCCUUCCCAUUGUGCAGGGCGGGCGUGGACGUAUCCCAAUCGUUGCGCAGAACUCAGAGGAGGAGAGCCCGUUGAGCCCAGUGGGUCAGCCCAUGGGCAUGGCGAGGGCGUCGGCGGGGCCCCUCCCACCCAUCUCGGCCGACUCGCGGGACCAGUUUGGUUCGUGCCUCUCCCUGCAGGACUCUCAGCAACAGCACUUGAGGGAGGAGCCAACGCGGGGCCGGGGCUACGUCUUGAUGGAUGACCUCCAGGGCACAGUGUCGGACGGCGAAGCACUAAGCGACUCCAUGCUGGCACUGAACAGAGACGAUCCCCUACAAUCACACGAGAAUAUCCCAAACGCCUACCACUUACGGCGUGAGGAGACGGACUGGUUUGACAAACCACAAGAGGGACGACCAGAGAACGGACAUGGGUCUGACAGGAGACAGGGGAAGGGUGUAUACUACCCAUUUCCUCACACCAGGGUCAAACUGAGGAGGGAUCCCAAGCACCGCAGCGUGUCAGGGAACGGAUUGGGGAUCAGAGUGGUGGGAGGUAAGGAGGUUCCAGGCACCACUGGAGACAUUGGUGCCUACGUAGCCAAAGUGUUACCUGGAGGAGCUGCCGAGCACACCGGAAAGAUAUUAGAGGGAAUGCAGGUGCUGGAGUGGAAUGGGCUCCCUCUGACGGGAAAGACCUAUGAAGAGGUACAGGGGCUUGUUGGACAGCAGGCUGCUGAGGCGGAACUCUGUGUGAGACUAGAUCUGAACAUGCUAUCUGACUCUGAUAGCUCUCAGCAACUGGAUCUUCAGAACCAGAGCAAAGCAGGUGAAAGGCCACCCAGGUCUCCUGGGGUAGAUCCACAGCAGCUGGCUGCAGAGCUGCAGAAGGUAUCCCAGCAGCAGGCUCCUCCCCUUGCCACCAGCUCCUCCUCCACCGCGGGGGCCGAUAAAGGACCCCACCCUGCCAUUUCAGGCACCACCUCAGCUGCCUCUAGCGCCAUUCAAAGCCCAGGCCAACCAGGGUCCCCCUCCGUCAGUAAAAAACGCCACAGCAAGUCUGUGGACGCAGUGAAGACGCAAUCCCAUCCUGUUACCGGGGAGAUACAGCUUCAAAUCCACUAUGACAAGCAGCUGGGGAACCUGAUUGUCCACGUGCUCCAAGCCAGGAACCUGGCCACCCGGGACAACAACGGAUUUUCAGACCCUUUUGUCAAAGUCUACCUCCUGCCUGGGCGAGGUCAGGUCAUGGUUGUCCAGAAUGCCAGUGCUGAGAAUAAGAGAAGGUCCAAACACGCUGGAAAGAGUGUAAACCCAGAGUGGAACCAGACCGUCAUCUAUAAGAACAUCCACCUGGAGCAGCUGAGGAAGAAGACACUGGAGGUGAGCGUGUGGGACUAUGACAAGUGCUCCUCCAAUGACUUUCUGGGAGAGGUGCUGAUCGACCUUUCCAACACGGGGAACAUGGAUAACGUCCCACGCUGGCUCCCUCUGAAAGAACAGAGUGAGGGGGAACACCACCGGCGCUCCCACUCUGGACAGGGGCGCCAGCACUCCCCCAAACAACCCUCACAGCACGCCUCCCCCAAAAACCCUGCCCACGGGAGCCAGGACUCGCCCAAGUCAUCGGUCAUCAAGAGCCGGAGCCACGGGAUCUUCCCUGAUCCGGCCAAGGACACGCAGGUGCCCACUAUUGAGAAAUCUCACAGUAGCCCCGGCACGUCGAAGCCUUCCCCAUCUGAGGGCCACAGCCAACAUACGCCACGUGCGGCUCCGCGCCCAGCACCUCGCAAAAGUACAAGGCAGCACCAGCAGGAUGGCACCGGAGGUGUCGCCAUAGCAAUCGGUGAAGCUCCGGCUCCGCAGCAACAGCACCGCCUCCAACCAAUCUCCUACCCCCCAGCCCAAAAACGCCGCCUCUCCCUGAGGCACCACAGACACAGCAUAGUGGGCGUGCUCACCAUUCAAAGAGCCCAAUCCGAUUCGCUCCCCGCCCCGCCGGGCACAGCUCCAUCAGCCAAUGGGGGCCGAGCAGACGGCAGACACCUGACCCUCAGGAAAGCCAUGUCUGAAGAGAGGCCGCGUAUGGAAGGAGCACGGACUGGCCACAGGUCCGGCGACGCCCCAGUAACAGCCGCCUCAUUGGACAGUGGUUUGAGUGGCAGUGCCUACAGCCUAUUGGAUGAUGAGAGUGGGACUAACGCUGUGGACAGUGCCAUAUUUCAGGUCCCUCGAUUUGGGAAGAUUCCAAAUGGCACUAAUGUGGCAAAAUCACCAAUGGGCCAUAUGGACUCUGAGGGUAAGUCCCAGGUGAUGGGGGAGAUCAAGAUAGCUCUGAAGAAGGAGCUGAAGACAGAGGGAGACCAGCUGGUGCUGGAGGUUCUCCAGUGCAGAAACAUCACCUACAGGUUUAAAUCUCCAGACCACCUGCCUGACCUUUAUGUGAAGCUGUACGUGGUGAACAUCGCAACCCAGAAGAGAAUCAUCAAGAAGAAGACCCGGGUGUGUCGUCAUGACCGCGAGCCUUCGUUCAACGAGACCUUCAGAUUCAGUAUGAACCCCACUGGCCACUCCCUGCAGCUCUUCCUGGUGUCCAACGGGGGGAAGUUCAUGAAGAAAACCCUGAUCGGGGAGGCUUACGUGUGGCUAGACAAGGUGGACCUGCGGAAGCGAGUGGUCAGCUGGCACAAACUGCUGGCUAGCUCUGCUCAGAUCCACUCCUAACAGACCUGUUACACUUGUCUCAUCCUUAGGCUCUUAACCCAGAGACAGAACAGGAUGGCCGAGACACUUGAGUUCACGGUCUCCGUCACUGAUUCACUCUUUAUGGAAGCACUGGACUUACUCGUGGGUCCUAUGCUGGGGUGGGCUUGAGGAGUGUUAAGGUUUGGUGGGGGGUGAGGCAUAUCUUAUGUACGCUGUGGGUCUUCGGGGGUCAGGGUUUGAAUUGUUUUAAGCUUAUUGGGAAGGUGAUCUUUUAUCGAGAUGCAUUUGGGGAAAUGGAGAUUAGGAAGUAGUUAUGUGUUUCCAAGAAAUGUAUUUGUGUUUACAGGAAGGAGUGUAGCUAGGGGAGAGUGAAGGACGUUGUGGCAACAAAGCAAGAACAGACUUAAUUAACCAGGUAUUACACACUCACAGGUUCACACACACACUCCCUCACAAACAUUCAAACUCAACACGUGAUAAUCAUACAUUACUGAACAAUAAGUACAGGGCGUGGGCUCAAUUCAGUGCUUUCAAUGCUUAAUUUAAAUGCAGAUGUUUUUAUUUAUGAAUGACGUUAUCUUUGGAUCCCCCCCCAUGGCUUUAACUAUUAUUCUCAAAUUAAUUAUUGAAUAAAGCAUUUUGGGAAUGGUGAAUAAUUAUUUUAUGGAGAUUGCACUUCUUAUUUUUGUAUUGUAAUUAUGAUUAUUAGAGUUUUAUUGAAUAUCAUUAAUCUUCUCCUCAAUUGUUUAAGUAAUGUUUGUUAAACGAAUACUUUUUAGCCAUGGACAGACAGGAUAUUUUCUGAAAUCCUUUUACUUUAUUUCUGUCUCUAUUUGAAAAACCUUUCUCACCUUACACAAGGUACAAAGCUUGCAACAAGCAUGAUUUUAGAACAACGCUAUUGUCACCUGUCUGUCGAGUACCAUUCACUUUUCUCUUUAGAUGUAUGUCGUUAUUUCAGAUAUAGUGUGUACAGAUUGUUCUAAGCAUUUUCAAAUGGGUGUGAUUUUAUCUGACUGGAUAGUCUCAUGCAAAGAGACACGCUCAUUAGACACCAGAGAUGAGAAACUGAGACAAACCAACUGAGACAAAGAGGGACUGCCUGGAGUUGACCUCUUUUUGGUUUUCAGUUGCAAAAUGGUUUUCAUUUGGUGACCUAAUGAACCUCAAACAGACAUUUAAUAUAUGCUAUCUAGUAGCUACUGCAUCCCGCACAAGUCAACAGUUGCAUUGUUACCUAUGGAAAAAUUGCAUCGUUACCUAUGAUGUCCACUUUGUGCAUAGUUAAGUACAAUGUUGUUGUGAGAGAUAAAAUAUACAUGCAGUAGAUUCAAUGCUUUUUUUUUCCUUAAAGGAGUGAAAUGCAACUCCUUUAAAUAAGACUAGCAUAGUUCUGACCUUUCCUCAUAUUCGCAGAGAUAUACUGUAUCAUGUCACAGGCACACUGUCACGUUUUACUUUGCACUUUGUCACGUUUUAGAAUGUAUAAAUGAAUACUUGUCCCCUCUCAUAGAAUAAAGUUAUAUAUAUAUAUCUAUCUAUAUAUACAAACAAAUAUAGUAUACAAAGAAUACAAACUAAAUAAAGUAUAUUACAUAAUAUAGAAAUAUAAUAGAGUUGAACUGACUUGAUAACCCUCAUGGCCUAUGUAUAGAGUAAACUAUGUUCCAUGGUUCAUCAAAAUCAGGGUCCCCACCAAACACGUGUCUGUCAGUAGAGUGGACAGUUAGCGACGGUGUGGUGGGAGAGGUACUGGGCGCAGCAUGCUUUGGACCAGUUUCUGUUGGUGUGUCUAGCACGGUCAUGUAUCUAGCUAGGUACGUGUUCUUCUAUUGGGCUUUGUUUGUCUAUGGGGAAAGCUUGGUGGAGGCAUGCGUCUGUUGUUUCUAAAGUAAAAAACGUAAGUCAAAUUGAAGUUGCUACGAUUAAGAAAUGCUACAGUGUGAAUACAUGUUGGUAUGUUUGUAAUAUUACAUGGCUACACAUUUAUUUUGCUCUGGGUCGGUGUGCAUCUGAAGGCUAUAGAACUGUGAUAUUUGAAGGAGUAUGUUGUGGCUUUCAGUUAGAAGGACACACACUCUGAGUAAUAUUCUGCCCAGGGUCGAGGUGUGAGAGGGCCAGUUGGUUUGAUAGAGACAUUUUGACCUUUGACCUUAAUCAAGUGUUGACCAAAACCACAGGUUCAUUCCAGCUGAUUCUAUGCAACAUAUACUGUGUUGUGACUGUCUCUAAACUAUCUAUCUCUGUCUAGAUUCUACAGUCUAAUUUAACAAUGCUUUGUAAGGGAGGAUUGUUUUUGUAUUGUUCACAUUAUAUGUAUAUUCAUUUUGUAUUUUUUUACCCUCUACAUUAAUUAAUACCUUUUUGGAAUUAAUAUGAGUGUAUCAGCACUUAAAGGGGAAUUUCCCACAUUUUUACUUGGCAUUAUCUUCCAUAUUUCUGUGCUUCACUCUGUUUCGUUUAAUUAUUUUGUUUUGUUAAAGAGGAAAUUGGUCGCCAUUACUUGCCAUUUUCUGCAUUGUAUUCUGAAAAUGUCCAAGCAGCAUUUCAAACGCUUAAGGAAUACUGCAAAACCCCUCAUAUUACAUCAGGAUGUCAUAAUGGUUAUGGUUUCUGUCAUGUGGUUAUGGUAAAAGAAUGGCAUUGUCCCAUGAAUACACAUUUUUAGUUAUGGAACGGCAUUGUUCAAACAUGGGUUUUAUGACACAGUGGAAAUAAAUUUACCAAAAUGUUGUGCCAGAACAGUAAUAUAAGAUUGUCAUGUAAUAUGAGAGGUUUGUGAGCAUUUUAUAACAGACACAAUUUCAUGAAGCAUUGUAGUCGCUCAUCACAAUGACCUACCUUAAUGUUAACAACCAUUUACUCUGUAACAAAACAGAAUGUAUAGAACGAGUGAAAAUAAGGCAUGAAAAUAAGUGGAUGAACUUCCCUUGUAAGUUGUUUUUUUGUUCUCGUACUGUUAUAUGCAAGUUUCUUUUUUGCACAUACAGUACCCUGUUGUAUUGUUUUUUUACACCAUUAAAUGUUAGAUGUACAGUGUAUUUUUUUUCCAGAAACAAAUUAACUGUGCUUUUUUGUAGCCCGGAAAUAUAGUCCUUGGUCCAAUGUCCCAGCAGAAACACACACACACACACACACACACACACACUGCAUUUCACUGACUUUUUACACACCCACACUUUUAAAUAGUUUUAUUUUUAACUUAUGUAUGUAAUAUAAAAAAUGCCUAAAAAAAUGUACUAUGUAAUUACUUUAGGUUCUGUCAAAAAGGUUUACCCACUUGAGGUUGAUUCCUUGCCAAGUCCUACUGAAAGUGCACCUUUCCUUUCUCCAUGUGUGACCUGCCUUAGAUACACACCCAGACACCCACACAUUAGACACACUCAAGUGGGAAUGCAUCUUUUUAUUCCCUACAUAGUAAAAACAUAACUUUUUAUUUUAAUAGACAAAAGUGAAGGAAUUCAUUGACAUCCGACCAGUGAUCAUGGGUGGGAAACACAGAUAGUACAUUACUCUGUUGACAGGGCAGAAUAUAUUUAGGAGUAAAGACCUGAUAUACCUUACACCAGAUACAACAGUCAAAGUAUUCAAACACAGACAAACUUUGGGCUGCAUUCAAUAUGUAUCGCUCAAGUGAUAAAUAAUAUGUGACUGUCCUAUUGAGGCUACAGGGUUUACUGUGAAUGCCGUCUCUGCUAACACAGGAACGUUACCUUUAAAUUUAAAUCACCCUAGAACGCUGAACUUCUGCGAUACAAAUUGAAUUGAGCUCUUUGUGUCUUAAUAUCAACUCAAGUAGUUGCAGGAGAAUUUCAAUGUGCUCACAACAAUGGAUGUUGCAUGUUUUGUUGGUGGUUCGUUCAUAAUAUUUUUGUGUCCAGAAAUUCUAUUUAAAAAGAGAGCGAUAGGGAGAUCAAAUGUAACGGGAAAAUAAAUGAAGAAAUAUUAUCUGAUUAUUUAAAGAUGUAUGCUAACUGUACAAAGAUGAUGCUUGUAAAAUCUGUCUGGUUUUCCACUUCUAUGUAAACAGAAACAUCUAUAAUGUCAUGGUUUUGUGAUUGUACACAGGAGGUAUUGAUAAAUUAUGCAAAUUGUGCUGUAAAAACAACGGCUGUUGCCCCAAGUCUAAAUAUUAAAUAUAUGUACAAAGAAAAAGGUGGGUGAUUACUGUAUUAUUAAGUGAUAUGUGAUACAGUAGCUAUCGAUGUGUCUACAAAGUCAUUUCAACAUUAUAUAGUAUAUUUUACUAGCACUUCUGUUCAUUAUGUCAUCGUUGCUAUUUUGGUCAUAUCAAAACCACUCAUUACUCCUAUAAUUGUCUUGUGGGCCUGCUGAUUAUCAAACCAGCAAUAAAUACUGAAGUUUAGAAAGCUGAUAACCAUGUUAGUCAGGCUAUUCGAAGCACUGUGAUUCAUGAAGUACCACUAGAUAGUCACGAGAUGGCAAUACAGGACUAUCUUGGUCAAGACCAAUCUUUUGAGGCAGGAUUCCACACAGUGUCCCUUUAAGUAUUGGUAUUCAUCUCCGGCCCUCGAAGCUACAACCACUCUAUUUUUCAUUGCAACCUCCAAAUCAUGGACUAAUUUGGGCCUGGGACACCAGGUGGGUGCAAUUGACCGUGAGGUUGAACAAAACCACUCUGGAACCUGUAAGGCAAUGUACCCUCUAAACUGCGCGCGUGCGUAUGCAAAUUGCCACACCGGACAUCUCAAAUUAUUAACUGUGUUUACGGGAAGUACCAUAAUAGAUAAUUGGCUAAGAAGUAUUUGUUAAACAAACUAUAUGUUUUACUGCAAAUAGGUAUAAGGAGCCUACCGCGGGAACGUACCAGUCCAGAUCAAGCAACUUUUAAGGUAGGCUCCCUCCCUCCCUCUACUGCGUAUACGCAAGAACAUCAACUAGCCAGAGCGAUUAUCCAGCAUUCAUUAGGGAUAAUCCCUCAACGUUUUCACCUGGCUUCUCUGUCUACGAAACUGGUCGCAAUGCACAUACAACAAAAGGAAUACAGCAGUCAGACCAGGGCGACCAUUUCUGUAGAUGCCUAAUUAUUUGAUUGACGCGAAAGAAAUGUGGAUGACAUUAAAUACGCUCUGUAUAAAGGAGCUAGAAUGAAAAUCUGUAACAUUUUCUUUAUCUACGCAGUUAACCAAUUCUAACAAAAAUCGUGCAUAUAAUCUAUAGCUGGAGGCUGCAAAGUUCCUAUGUACCUAUUAUUUGACUACCUAACAAACGAUAUUAAUCAUUUAUUGAGCUGCAUAAACCCGUUAUACCAAGAAUGCCUUACUCUGUCAUAGAAAUGUUUAGUCAAAUAUAUUUACGACCUAAUAAACUUAUUGCAAUUUGUGUAUUUUACAUG